UAUCUCCAUGAAGAGUGAUGAGUCUAUGGAUCCUCCUUUAAACUUCAAGGAUGAAGAUCCAUCAUUUGGACCCAGCAUCCUGCCGGGGGCGAUAGCUAAAACACCAAAGAAAAUCACCAGAAAUAUGGGGUCUGACUUCAUAUCUGCUGGAACUGAAGUUCAGAAGAAGCUCAAAUUAAAUCUGAUAAAGAAGUUUCAGUGUGUAAAUGAAGUGAUCACAAAGCAGGGAAACCCAACACUUCUGAAUGAGAUCUACACCGAUCUCUAUAUCACAAAGGGAGAAAGUGGAAAAGUCAAUAAUGAACAUGAGGUAAGGACUGUCCUAACUAAGGGUGUUUCCGGCAUCGGAAAAACCGUCUCUGUACAGAAGUUCAUUCUGGAUUGGGCUGAAGGGAAAGAGAAUCAGGACGUCCACCUCAUAUUUCCACUUCCUUUCAGAGAGCUGAAUUUAAUGAAGGACCACAAACUGAGUCUGAUGGAUCUCCUUCAUUUCUAUUUUCAGGAGAUAAGUGAAACUGACAUUUCCAGCUUGUACAAAGUUCUGUUUAUUUUUGAUGGGUUGGAUGAAUGUCGUUUACCUCUAGAUCUCCAGAACUCAGUGAGAUUGAGUGAUGUAAAUGAAUCAGCAUCAGUUCAUGAGCUGCUGAUGAACCUGAUCAAAGGGAAUCUGCUUUCUUCUGCUCGGAUCUGGAUCACCUCCCGCCCAGCAGCAGCUGAUCAGAUCCCCUCUGAGUGCAUCGAUCGAGUGACGGAGGUACGAGGAUUCAGUGAUCCACAGAAGGAGGAGUACUUCAGGAAGAGGGUCAGUGAUCAGAGUCUAGUCAGUAGAAUCAUCUCACACCUGAAGUCAUUAAGAAGCCUCUACAUCAUGUGUCACAUUCCGGUCUUCUGCUGGAUUACAGCCACAGUUCUAGAGAGAAUGUUUGGUGAAGCAGAGAGGGGAGAGAUCCCCAAAACUCUGACUCAAAUGUACACCCACUUCCUCAUCAUUCAGACCAACGUCAUCAGAAAAAAGUACAUGAAGAAUCAGGAGGAAGAAGGAGAAAUGAUCCUCAAACUGGGAAAACUGGCUUUUAAGCAACUGAUGAAAGGAAACCUGAUCUUCUAUGAGGAAGAUCUGAUGGAGUGUGGCAUUGAUGUUCAAGAAGCCUCAGUGUACUCAGGUGUGUGUACACAGAUCUUCAGAGAGGAGUUUGGACUUCACCAGAGUAAAGUGUACUGCUUUGUUCAUCUGAGCAUUCAGGAACAUCUUGCAGCUCUAUAUGUGCAUCUGACCUUCAUGAACGAAAAGAAAAAUGUUCUUCAACAGAGUGAGUCCUCAAAACUGAGUAUCCUGAAGACAAAACAAAUCUCAGAUCUACACAAGAGUGCUGUAGAUCAGGCAUUACAGAGUAAGAAUGGACAUCUGGAUUUUUUUCUUCGCUUUUUUCUGGGUCUCUCACUAUCGUCCAAUCAGAAUCUCUUACAAGCCUUAGUGACACAAACAGGAAGUAACUCUCACUACAAACAGAAAACAGUUCGGUACAUUAAGAAGAAGAUCAGUGAGAAUCCCUCAACAGAGAAAUCCAUCAAUCUGUUCCACUGUCUGAAUGAACUGGAUGAUCAUUCACUAGUUCAGGAGAUCCAACAAUACCUGAAAUCUGGAAAACUACAACAAACCAAACUCUCUGAUUCUCAGUGGUCAGCUCUGGUCUUCAUGUUACUGACAUCAUCAGAGGAGCUGGAUGUGUUUAACCUGAGUGAUUAUACCAACCAGUACAUCUCAUCAGAGGAGGUUCUUCUGAAACUGAUGCCGGUGGUUGCAGCAUCCAGAGCAGUUCGGCUUGGUUCACGUGAACUAAAAGAUAAAAGUUAUGAAGCUCUGGCCUUGGUUCUCAGCUCAGAAUCCUCCAGUCUGAGAGAACUCAAUCUGUCUUAUAAUAAACUAGGAGAUUCAGGAGUGAAGCGUCUCUCUGCUGUACUGGAGAAUCCUCACUGUAAACUGGAGAUACUGAGGUUGUGUUAUUGUGGUGUAUCAGAUGAAGGUUGUUCUGCUCUGGCUUCAGCUCUGAGAUCAAACCCCUCACACCUGAGAGAACUCGAUCUGUCUCAUAAUAAACUAGGAGAUUCAGGAGUGAAGCGUCUCUCUGCUGUACUGGAGAAUCCUCACUGUAAACUGGAGAUACUGAGGUUGGAUUAUUGUGGUGUAUCAGAUAAAGGUUGUUCUGCUCUGGCUUCAGCUCUGAGAUCAAACCCCUCACACCUGAGAGAACUCGAUCUGUCUCAUAAUAAACUAAGAGAUUCAGGAGUGAAGCGUCUCUGUGCUGUACUGGAGAGUCCUCACUGUAAACUGGAGAUACUGAGGCUUGGUUCGUGUGAACUAAAAGAUAAAAGUUGUGAAGCUCUGACCUCAGUGCUCAGCUCACAAUCUUCCAGUCUGAGAGAACUUCAUCUAUCUAAUAAUAAACUAGGAGAUUCAGGAGUGAAGCGUCUCUCUGCUGUACUGAAGAAUCCUCACUGUAAACUGGAGAUACUGAGGUUGUAUAAGUGUGGUGUAUCAGAUGAAGGUUGUUCUGCUCUGGCUUCAGCUCUGAGAUCAAACCCCUCACACCUGAGAGAACUCGAUCUAUCUGAUAAUGAACUACGAGAUUCAGAAGUAAAGCGUCUCUCUGCUGUACUGGAGAAUCCUCAAUGUAAACUGGAGAUACUGAGGUUGAAUUAUUGUGUUGUAUCAGAUGGAGGUUGUUCUGCUCUGGCUUCAGCUCUGAGAUCAAACCCCUCACACCUGAGAGAACUCAAUCUGUCUAAUAAUAAACUAGGAGAUUCAGGAGUGAAGCGUCUCUCUGCUGUACUGAAGAAUCCUCACUGUAAACUGGAGAUACUGAGGUUGUGGAAUUGUGGUGUAUCAGAUGAAGGUUGUUCUGCUCUGACUUCAGCUCUGAGAUCAAACCCCUCACACCUGAGAGACCUUCAUCUGUCUUAUAAUAAUCUAGGAGAUUCAGGAGUGAAGCGUCUCUGUGCUGUACUGGAGAAUCCUCACUGUAAACUGGAGAUACUGAGGUUGAAUAAUUGUGGUGUAUCAGAUGAAGGUUGUUCUGCUCUGGCUUCAGCUCUAAAAUCAAACCCCUCACACCUGAGAGACCUUCAUAUGUCUGAUAAUAAACUAGGAGAUUCAGGAGUGAAGCGUCUCUGUGCUGUACUGGAGAAUCCUCACUGUAAACUGGAGAUACUGAGGUUGAAUAAUUGUGAUGUAUCAGAUGAAGGUUGUUCUGCUUUGGCUUCAACUCUGAGAUCAAACCCCUCACACCUAAGAAAACUUUAUCUGUCUGGAAAUAAACUAGGAGAUUCAGGAGUGAAGUGUAUCUCUGCUGUACUGGAGAAUCCUCACUGUAAACUGGAGAUACUGAGGUUGAAUAAUUGUGGUGUAUCAGAUGAAGGUUGUGCUGCUCUGGCUUCAGCUCUGAGAUCAAACCCCUCACACCUGAGAGAACUCGAUCUGUCUCAUAAUAAACUAGGAGAUUCAGGAGUGAAGCGUCUCUGUGCUGUACUGGAGAAUCCUCACUGUAAACUGGAGAUACUGAGGUUGUGUUAUUGUGGUGUAUCAGAUGAAGGUUGUUCUGCUCUGGCUUCAGCUCUGAGAUCAAACCCCUCACACCUGAGAGAGCUUCGUCUGUCUAAAAACAAGGGAGAAAAUUCAGGAGUGAAGCGUCUCUCUGCUGUACUGGAGAAUCCUCACUGUAAACUGGAGAUACUGAGGUUGAGGGAUUGUAAUGUAUCAGAUGAAGAUUGUUCUGCUCUGGCUUCAGCUCUGAGAUCAAACCCCUCACACCUGAAAGAACUUGGUCUGUCUUAUAAUAAACUAGGAGAUUCAGGAGUGAAGUGUCUCUCUGCUGUACUGGAGAAUCCUCACUGUAAACUGGAGAUACUGAGGUUGAAUAAUUGUGGUGUAUCAGAUGAAGGUUGUUCUGCUCUGGCUUCAGCUCUGAGAUCAAACCCCUCACACCUGAGAGAACUUCAUCUGUCUCAUAAUAAACUAGGAGAUUCAGGAGUGAAGCGUCUCUGUGCUGUACUGGAGAAUCCUCACUGUAAACUGGAGAUACUGAGGUUGUGGAAUUGUGGUGUAUCAGAUGAAGGUUGUUCUGCUCUGGCUUCAGCUCUGAGAUCAAACCCCUCACACCUGAGAGAACUCGAUCUGUCUGAUAAUCUAAGAGAUUCAGGAGUGAAGCGUCUCUGUGCUGUACUGGAGAAUCCUCACUGUAAACUGGAGAUACUGAGGUUGGAUUAUUGUGGUGUAUCAGAUGAAGGUUGCUCUGCUCUGGCUUCAGCUCUGAGAUCAAACCCCUCACACCUGAGAGAACUUGAUCUGUCUGGAAAUAAACUAGGAGAUUCAGGAGUGAAGCGUCUCUCUGCUGGACUGGAGAAUCCUCACUGUAAACUGGAGAUACUGAGGUUGUGGGAUUGUGGUGUAUCAGAUGAAGGUUGUUCUGCUCUGGCUUCAGCUCUGAGAUCAAACCCCUCACACCUGAGAGAACUCAAUCUGUCUCUAAAUAAACUAGGAGAUUCAGGAGUGAAGCGUCUCUGUGCUGUACUGGAGAAUCCUCACUGUAAACUGGAGAUACUGAGGUAA